GGGCCUUUGCUCCUCUUCUCUCUUCCUAGAACAUUCUUCCCCAGAUAUCUACCUGGCUCUUUCCCUCUCCUCCCUUUUUUUUUUUUUUUUUUUUUCUCCCUUAAGUUUUUGCUUAAAUGUCUCCGUGGGGCCUCCAUCCCCCUUCUUGGUUUCCAUUCAUCCUCUCACUCCUCGUUCUCGGGAGGAGGGCCUUCCACCGAGGCAAGGACCAUCUCUCCUGUUCCUCUGCACCCCAGCCCCUGGGCUGGCCACCCCCAGUAGGCUCGCAGAAGCAAACACGAACGGGUAAGGGGAAGAAGAAAAGGGCCAGCUCGGGCCUCUGCAGCCUCCGGAAGGUUCCAUCCUGCAGAUUCCGCAGCGGGCGGCUCGGGAAGGUCAAAAGGGAAAGGGGGCAGCUACAGGGUGGCACCAGCCGAGAGGUCAAGAAGGGGCUUCUCAGGACACUUCUAUGGUGUGUGAUUCAUGCUCCAUAUGCUGACCUCAGAACCAACUUGUGCAGAACAGAAACUUCCAGCACAGCGAGCUCCUUGCAGCACCCAGCACCUGUGUACCUGCACCUGCACCUACAGACUCUCAGGACAUGCUUCUCACCUUCUCACUUCUUGGCCUUGUGCUGAGCAUGUUUGGGGCUGUCCUGUGCACUGCGUGAUGGUCAGCAUGAACAUUCCUGGCCAUUCCCCAUUACCAGCUCUAGUACCUCCCUGUCUCCAGAAAUUGCCAAAUAUCCUCUGGGGGGCAAAGUUACCCUGGCUGGGAACCACUGGCUUACCUGCAAUGCACCCAGAUACCCCAUGCCUUCUCCCUAACUUUCUUCAGGUCUUGACUCAAGGGUCACCGCCCUACUGUGGGCUCUGUCCACCCUGAUUAUCACUGCUGCCCACCUCAACUCCCUACCUCCCUUCCUGCUGUAUUUUUCUCCAUAGCCCUCAUCACCAUUUUUUUUUUGUUUAUUAUGUCUCUUCUUAAUAGACCAUAUAUUAUUAUUUUUUAAAGAUUUAAUUUAUGUAUUUGAGAGAGAGAGC